AUGCUCUCCUCAGUCUCAACAUUGGCCCUAGGGGUCUUGACCCUGUGCCUGCUCAGCUCAGCAGCGCCGACCACACAAGGAAGAUGCACCGAAGAGAACACUAUGGUCCGCAAGGAAUGGUCCAACCUCAGCCCAGCCGAGCGUAUCGCCUACACCGACGCCGUAACCUGCCUGCAGAACGCCCCAUCCAGACUUAACAACAGCCUGUACCCCGGUGCUCGUAACCGCUACGCUGACUUCAUCGCCGCCCACAUCAACUACACCUUCAUCGUCCACCUCGACGCCAUCUUCCUCCCAUGGCACCGCGGCUACGUCUGGCUGUACGAGUCUGCUCUGCGCACCGAGUGCAACUAUACCGGCACUCAACCCUACUGGGAUUGGCCCGCCUACGUUUCGCAGCCAGGCGGUCUCGCCAACUCUACCAUCUUCAACGGUGCCCCAGACUCCCUCGGCAGUGACGGCCGUGCCAACGACAGCUGCGUAUACAAAGGCCCAUUCUCCUCCUACAUCGCCCCUUUUCCCUCCUUCCCACAGAGCAUUAUCACCGACAACAUCGCCAACAACGGCAGCGGUACAAUCCCCUCCUGGUCCUUUGACUACUCCCCAACCUGCUUCCAGCGUGGGCUCAACGACACCGCACUCCGUGUGAACAACAACGCAAGCUGCAUUGCAACCCUCCUAUCCGAGCCAUCCAUUGGCGACUUCCAAAACUACCUCUCAACCCCUGAGGGCGAUGCCCACUUUGGUCCCCACGGUGGCGGACACGUCGCCAUGGGCGGCAACGGUGCGGAUCUGUUCACCAGUCCCACAGACCCCGUGUUCUUCUUGCACCACGCCCAAGUCGACCGCAUGUGGACGCUCUGGCAGGCGCGCGACCCGGCGGCGCGGCAGUACGCGCUGAAUGGGACGCAGACGCUCGAGAAUGUGCCGCCUUCGCCGGAGCUGACCCUCGACGACCAGAUUACCUUUGGCCCGCUGGGGAAGAACUAUACGACGCGCGAGCUGAUGGAUGUUGCUGGUGGGCCGUUUUGUUAUCGGUAUGAGUAG